GAAUUUACUUUUUCCCAGCGGUCAGAGGGGAAGGUUGCGUCACUAACGCGGCGAGCCAAUCAGGCACUUUUUCUUUGGAUUUAUGCAAGCGUGUCCUGCUUGGCAACUUUAGUCCAGGUGGCAAUAUUGGUAAAAAAAAACCACACGCUUGUACACACAAGCCACACCAUAGAAGGUGAGUGAGAGAGAACGAGUGGGGACGAGAUGCCCUACACACCGUCUGGCUUUUUCUGCGACCGGCUCAUCCGGGAACGAGAGCGGCGCGACGGCGAAGGCACCCUCAACAAGCCGCUGCGCCUCAACGGCCAGGACUUUGGCGCCCUGCGGCAGGAGUACGUUCAGCGUGGGACUCUCUUUGAUGACGACUCUUUCCCGGCCAACGUUGAGUCGCUGGGCUUCAAAGAGCUUGGACACAAGUCCAACAAGGUCAAGAACAUUGUUUGGAAGAGGCCCAAGGAAAUUAGUGAGAACCCACAGUUCAUCGUGGGCGGGGCCAGUCGUACGGACAUCUGCCAGGGAGAUCUCGGUGACUGUUGGUUGCUAGCCGCCAUCGCCUGCCUCACUCUCAACGAAAAGCUCCUCUAUCGGGUGGUUCCUCCAGACCAGAGUUUCACGCAGGACUAUGCCGGGAUCUUCCACUUCCAGUUCUGGCGCUAUGGCGACUGGGUGGAGGUGGUCAUCGAUGACCGCAUCCCCACCUUCAACAACCAGCUGGUGUUCACCAAGUCAGCGGAAAGAAACGAGUUCUGGAGUGCCCUCCUGGAAAAGGCCUACGCAAAACUGCACGGCUCCUAUGAAGCCCUAAAGGGUGGCAACACUACCGAGGCCAUGGAGGACUUCACCGGCGGGGUGACAGAGUUCUACGAGUUGAAGGAGGCUCCUAAAGAGCUCUACAAGAUCAUGAAGAAGGCUCUUGAGCGAGGCUCCCUCAUGGGCUGCUCCAUUGAUUCCCUCGUCCCUGCUCGCUAUGAGACCCGGACCGCCACGGGCCUGGUGAAGGGGCACGCGUAUUCCGUGACGGGGGCGGAGGAGUGUCGGCCCUCGCAGCUCAGAGAGACCAAAGUGCGCCUAGUGCGUCUCAGGAACCCUUGGGGCCAGGUGGAGUGGAACGGACCCUGGAGCGAUAACUCAAAGGAGUGGAACGCGUUACCCAAGGCCGAGAAGGACAAGCUACAACACCAGAGCGCGGAAGACGGAGAGUUCUGGAUGUCCUUUGAGGACUUCAAAAGGAACUACACAAAGCUCGAGAUCUGCAACCUGACCCCUGAUGCCCUGGAGGACGACAAGAUCCACAAGUGGACCGUUUCUGUGAACGAGGGCCGUUGGGUGCGAGGUUGCUCGGCCGGAGGCUGCAGAAACUACCUUGACACUUUCUGGACGAAUCCUCAGUACCGCCUUCGCUUACUGGAGGAGGACGAUGACCCCGAGGACAACGAGGUUGGCUGCACCUUCGUGGUGGCUCUGAUGCAGAAGAACAGGCGGAAAGAGCGCAAGAUGGGCGCCAACCUGUUCACCAUUGGCUUUGCCAUCUACGAGGUGCCAAAGGAGAUGCACGGCAACAAGCAGCACAUGCCAAAGGACUUUUUUCUGGGCAGUAUGUCAAAGGCUCGCUGCAAGUCGUACAUCAACCUGCGCGAGGUCACCCAGCGCUUCCGGCUGAGCCCCGGAGAGUACGUUAUUGUCCCGUCCACGUACGAGCCCCAUCAAGAGGGCGAAUUCAUCUUGCGCGUCUUCUCCGAAAAGAGGAAUACGUCAGAGGAGAUAGAGAACAGGAUUGAGGCAGACCAUCCCGUGCCAGCACCAGCCUCAGUGGGGGAGGAGAGUGAGGAGGAGGACCAGCAGUUCCGGACUAUUUUUCAAGAGAUUGCUGGUGAUGACAUGGAGAUCACUGCCAACCAGCUGAGAAAGGUUCUCAACAGAGUCAUCAUCAAACACAAGAACAUGAGUACAGAGGGCUUCAGCCUGGAGAGCUGCAGGAGCAUGAUAGCUCUGAUGGACGUAUCCUUCAUGGACGGGACGAGUCGCCUUAACCUUCAAGAGUUCCGCCACCUGUGGAGUAAAAUCAAACAAUGGCAGGGAAUCUUUAAGCAAUACAACCCCGACCAGUCGGGCAGCAUUGACAGCUACGAGAUGAGGAACGCAGUCAAUGACGCAGUCAUGUGUCUUGUGUCCCGUUCAGGCUUCCGCCUCAACAACCAACUGUACGACAUCAUCACCAUGCGUUAUGCCAACGAGAGCAUGAACAUUGAUUUCGACAGUUUCAUCAGCUGCCUGGUCCGCCUCGAGGCCAUGUUCCGGGCGUUUCAGGCCUUCGACCAAGACGGAGAUGGCACGAUCCGACUCAGCGUAUUGGAAUGGCUCCAGUUGACCAUGUACGCCUAAAGAAGAGGGCUGCACGAAGACCAGACCUGCCAAGACUUUACCUCAUGACUUCCUGUGCCGCUUCUCAUCUUCCUCCUCAGUUCAGGCCAUUUGCAUCCAUUCUGUACUUUUGUCCUACUCCCAUCACCAAACCCGCUUCAAGAAAUCGUUUUUAUGAUUUGCCAAGACUCCUUUGUUUCUAUUCCGUACUUUUCUUUUUCCUCAUCCCGCCCAAAGUCUCUCUUGUCAUUUUCAUUCAUGGACACCUUUUCUGAGUUUCCUCCCUUCUGUUUUCUUAUUUUUAAGUACAGGCCUUUUGCAUCUAUUCUGUGCUUUUGUCCACCUGAAGAAUUCAAACACUCUUCUUUUUUCAGUCAUGGAGACACCUAACGUUCUUUCCCCGCCAACACGAUCUCCUCAGCUCAGGCCAUUUGCGUCACCCAAAGAAAUGACUGAUCCUUCCUUUUUUCACUCAGGCAUCACACACACAACCUCUUGACGUCGCUCAUCAUACCUCACAGAGCCUCACCAACAGUGGACAACUUGUCCAUCAAAUAUAUAUUUAUUUUUUUUGUUCACAUCAACGUUUGAGGUUCCAAUCAGGAAUUGAAGAAGAGUAUACGGCUAGAAAAGGUUGGACUGCUGCUUUGUUGUUUUGAUUUUUCCUUUUUAGCUAGCUUUGGUCAAAUGAGUGUAAUGCAUUUUUUCGAAGCAUUUUAUCCCCACCAACAAAACAUGUUUUGACUUACACGCUUGACGUUGUUCACUAAGAGUUUCAAGCAGUCAACCUCUGCAAAGGCCAUGUUAAUGUUUAAAAAUGUAAUAAAACGAUAAAUCAACAAUUGACAAGU